UUCAUGCAUGUACUUUCACGUAGCUUCGCUUUAUGUAGACUGCAACUCGUUGGAUCUGCUGUAUUUUUUAUACACGUGUCUAUGUGUUAUUUAAAGGGCUCUUCCAGUUUUGGCCUCCUGCCGCAGCUGCAAGAGUGGCUCCGCCUAGUCAGGCAACUAUAGCCUGUUAGGAUCGGCCUGCAGGGGUACUGCUCUGCAAAGCUAUUUCAGCCCGCUGCACGUGCUUCGAUCGACCCGCGGUGCUGGCGCCCUUCGGGGAACCAGCGAGGACGACAGCGCUAAUCCACCAUGCGCCUCGUUCGGAGAAUCAGUGACGACAGCAGGGCGGGCCACGUUUGGCACCCAGCGUAUUGUUGGUUGAUUUGCCGGUUCGUCAUGGUCUCUCUGCAGCAAGAAGAGCUUUCCCUAACCAAAGGGGGCUUUGUGGUACGGGGGCCCUAGGAUUUGUCACAGUCUGCUGACACUCGUGGCGACUACAGGAGAAAGGCAGCUCUGGAAUUUAGAGGCGCAAGACAAUGAGCAACCGGCAGCCGCUCUGCGGGGGUCAGCUCGGAGAAGCCACGCGCCUUUCAAGACUCAAGAUAAUGGGCAACUGGCGGGUCAACUUCGAUGACUAGUCGAACGGUUCUCUCUCCUAGGGAACUAGGGACCAGUGGGGUGUUUAUAAGCAGCUGUUGUCGGCUGCUAGUGUGUGCUCGUCGUCGUGCUCUGUCAUCGUGCUCAUCGUCGUGCUCUGUGCUCGUGUACGUACUCGUGAGCUUCGUGCUCGCAUGCUGUAUGCUUAGUCUUGCGUGCUCCAUUUGGGAGCCACGCUCGACUGUCGAAUGCAUCUCUUGUUUAAAAUGUAAGUACUGUAAAUAAAUCCUGCACGCCUAAGUCCCGACGAAGAGUCAAGGUCCUCCCUACAACCGCCAACUCCAACAACUGUAUGCCAGCGGUGGGAUCGUCCUCAAAAUCUAACUGGAUGGCAGCAGGGAGAUUGGCCUACGGCUCAUAGAUUGGCCUACGACUCAGGAGACAGCAACGGCUGCUCACGGACUUUUGCACAUGGAGACCGACCGGUAUCCUGAUCAAGUUGGAGGCGACUUGGGAUUGACCACCUCUUGCAACUGACUGGAUAUGGCGGAGAAGGACUGCUGAUAUGGUGCUGCUUCAUUGGCGGUUGUCAGCACUGGCCAGGCGAGAUUUCCCGGGCCAUGGAGAAGCUCUUAGGACUGGCCUGCAGGGGUACUGCUCUGCAAAGCUAUUUCAGCCCACUGUACGUGCUUCGAUCAACCCGCGGUGCUGGCGCCCUUCGGAGAACCAGCGAGGACGACAGCGGUACCUGAAGGAGGCACCCAGCUACCUGAACAAGACGCAAAUUUUGACUUCAGGCAGCCUGCCACUCGAGAAGUCAUUCUUCCGUCGCAAUUUGCCCGGCAUCUUGAUUGUGUCGUGUGUGCUGCUGUUCGCACUCGUGGUCUUCGUGGAGCAGGCAGACAAGGACGACACCGAGACGGAUCUGGUCUAUCCCACGCCAGAGGCGACCGCCACCACCACAGGGGCCGACAACUCCACGAGCGAGAACGAUGUCGAGACCAUUCUUAUAGGAGGCGGCCGAGGUUUCCCUGGCCAUGGGCAAGAGGGCGAAGAAGACUGAAAGCACAAACCAAAUAGUUAUUCAGGAAAUCAAUAAGUUCACGCGCGCUUCAAUUUAAUAAAUGUUAUAUUUGCCACA